ACUCGUUUGCUUAUUAUCGUUGAUUAUUAUACUCUUUGUGACUAUGAUAGUUGGUUACUUUUAUUAUUUUGCAGAGGUGGCCAGCAAGAAAAGACUUGUCUAAGAAACGCAAGUAUGAAGAACACAGAGGAUUCAAAUUACAAUGGGAAGAAGAGUUCUUUUUCAUAGAACGAAACUAAUUAAAACUAACUAAUUUAACUAACUAAAAAAAAUUGUUCUUAAAAUUGUGAAUUACAUACGUUCAGGUUCAAAAAUACAUCGCCAAUUUACUUUGUUGAAAGUUUAGAGGAUGAUAUUCCAAAUGAUAUUCCGUGGUAUUGUUUAGUUCAAUGAUUAUCGGUAAAUAACGUUUUAAUAAAAUUUUUCGAUUUAUUAGAACCCAUUAAAACAUUUUUAAAAGAAAAAGAUAAAAAUUUUCCACAACUUUCAGACCCACAAUGGUUAAGAGAUAUGUCAUUUUGUACUGACGUUGUGCAUCACUUAGCCACAUUAAAUAUGUCUCUUCAAGGUAAAAAUAAAUUUAAAAAUAACCUAGUACAAGACAUUUUUAGUUUCCAAAAUAAGCUUAAACUUUUUCAAAGAGACUUAAGAACAAAUAAUUUAAACCAUUUUCCGUAUUUAAAAAAAAUUGAGGAUUAUUUAGUUGGAAUAGCAACAAAAUUGAAUUGUGAAGAUUAUGUACAAAAAUUAGAGUGUUUACCAACUCACUUUGAAGAUCGAUUUAAAAACUUGAAAUUACUUAAACCUUCGAUUGCAUUUCUAGAAAAUCCCUUUGUAAUUAACGUUAUUGAAAAUGGAUGUCCAAUAUUAAAAUCAAUUUCAAUGGAUACGGCAACUUUAGAAAUUGAACUCUUGGAAUUAUUGGAAGAUGAAGGACUGAAGCAGUUUAAAUACAGUUGUCAUUCUUUGUUGGAAUUUUGGAAACAUGUGCCUGUUAUUAAAUAUCCAAAAAUUACUCUUUGCGCUCAAAAGUUAAUAUCGAUUUUUGGAACAAUAUAUUCUUGCGAGUCUUUAUACUCAACCAUGAAAAUGAUUAAAUCUAAACAUCGAUCAACAUUAACGGAUGAUCAUUUAACUGAAUUGUUAAGGACUGCGUUAACAACAUAAAGUCCUGAUUUUAAAAAGCUUACAAGCAAAAUAAACAAGCAACAAAUAAGAAAAUAGUCAAUUAAGAAAAAUUAUAUCAAGAAUACUUUAUUUUUACA